AUGGCGGAAACAGCUUUAAAAUACACGCGGGAGAACCGAGACUCCUUUAAUCCAGACCUGUUUGAAGGAGAUAUGAUUCUAGAACCAGGUCAGCGAUUGGCGGCUGAGUUUGGGCUUGAUCUUGAUGGGCUUAACCGUGGAAGCGUCAGAAACCGACAGUGGCCAAAUGGAAUUGUUCCUUACAAUAUUCACUCCAGUCUUGCCACGCAACCAAAGGCAAGGAAAGCAAUCCAAGCUGGUAUGGAUCUCUGGAGCAGCCAAACCUGCAUCCAGUUUGUUCAGAGGACGGAUGAGAAGGCUUACAUAGAGUUCUUCAAAGGGAGAGGGUAUGGAAUAAACCCCCAUGCCCUCGGGUUUUUUCACGAGCAAUCCCGCCCUGACAGAGAUGAUUACGUGACUAUACACUUUGAGAACAUUAAAGAUGGAAGAGCCGGAAACUUCAGAAAGUACCGAACGUCUUCUGUCAAUACGCUUCUAACCGCGUACGAUUAUGGCAGUGUAAUGCAUUAUGGGGCCAGAUAUUUCAGUAAGAAUAGAAAGCCGACAAUCGUGCCCAAGAAGAGCGGGGUUUUCAUUGGUCAGCGAGCUGGUCCCAGCGCAACGGAUGUUCUUGAAAUGAACUCUGUCUACAAAUGCAGUGGACCAAGUUCUUUCGGUAAAUUCAGACCAUGAGACGAUUGAAAAGAUAGAAGAGUGUAAACAGAAUUUUUUAA